CGACGGAGUUCUCGCUUCCCCCUCCUUUGCCUGCGGACCACCCCUCCCCUCCCCGCGUCUCUCCAGCCAGCGGGGUGGGAAAUGGGAGACUCGGCCGGCCAUGCUGCCUUUGCUUUGGCUUUUGGGGAGCGCCUGGAUCUUAGAUCCUGCCUCUGCAAUGCAAGUCACAGUACAGAACCCAUUCAACGUGGUCAUCCUAUUUCAACCUGUCACUCUCCAGUGCAACUACCAGACUUCGGCCACCCAACCACCUAUUGUCACGUGGAAGUACAAGUCUUACUGCCGGAGCCGCCUGGCAGAUGCCUUUAACCCCAGCAGCCAGGACAGCCAGAUCACCAACCAGCUGCAGCAGAACAACCCCGGGUACAACCCAUAUGUGGAGUGUCAGGACAACUCCAGGACGGUGCGGGUUGUAGCUACCAAGCAAGGCAAUGCAGUGACCCUUGGGGACUUCUACCAGGGCCGGCGCAUCACCAUCACCAAUAAUGCUGACCUCAGCAUUGACCAGACAGCUUGGGGAGACAGUGGGGUGUAUUACUGCACAGUGACUUCCAAUCAAGACUUGCAAGGCAACAACGAGGCCUACGCUGAGCUCAUUGUUUUGGGCAAAUCCUCCGGUGUCUCAGAGCUUUUGCCAGGCUUUCAGAUAGGGCAUAUGGAAGACUGGCUCUUUGUCGUCCUGGUGGUGUUAGGGUUCUUUCUGGUCUUAAUGCUCUUUGGGAUCUGCUGGUGUCAAUGCUGCCCUCACACCUGCUGCUGCUACGUCCGAUGCCCCUGCUGCUCUGAGAAGUGCUGCUGCCCUGAAGCACUCUACCUUGCAGGGAAAGCUGCAACUUCGGGGGCCCCCAGUGUUUAUGCACCCACCCUCUAUGCAUCCAGUAACCAUCUGAAGCAGGGGCCCCCAGCCACUGUGAUCCCCAUGGGUCCAAUGCCUGCCAUGUACAACGGUUAUGGAGUGGAUUAUGACAGAGCCAGUUCAGUUGGUGGGAACAGCUCCCAGGUGCCCCUCCUGAGGGAUACAGAUAGUAUUGCAAAUGCUGCCUCUGUGAUGAGCGAACUGAGCUCUCUGCAUGAGGACGAUCGGCGCUACGAACUGCGGCAGGGGCUGGGGCGGCUGCGCGGCCAGGCCAUGUCUCCCAUCAGCGACGUGGAAGAGGAGAGCAUGCGGAGCAGCGAGACCAGGCGCUUGCUACCCCCCUUGCGGCGUGGCCACUACGAGGACCCUCCGUCGCGAGGCCAUGGCCGGCGGCCCCGAUCCCGCUCGGUGGAUGCUCUGGAUGAUCUGGACCGGGACCCUUAUCCAGACCGGCCCAGGAGCCGUGGCCGACGUGGCUCCGAUGAUGACGAGUGGCACCGCCGCGACUAUUCCCCGGACUCCCGCGACGACUAUGACCGCUACGGCGGACGGCGCAGCCGGAGCAGGGAUGACCUGAGGGACCUGGACCGAUCGCACUACGAUGACCGGAUCUUGCAGGAAGCGCUGCGGCGGAAGCAGAAGGCAGGCGGCCGUGAGGACCGGGAUCAUGCCAGUACAUCGAGUGGGAGGCUCGGCAACAGAAGAAACGGAGAUGACGAUAACAAUGGUUUCCCCCCGCCGCCACCUCCAUAUACAGAGACAGAGUCUGUUUCUUCCCGUGGCAAGAAUGACCGCAAGCUCCGGAGGAACCAUGCUGUCAGCAGGGAAAGUUUGGUGGUUUAACCCUUUCCACACCUCUGCCUUGGGUGGAUGAGAGAAGUCCUGUGCCUUGGACAGCUACAGCAAGUGCGUCUUGGCUUGUUGAUAUGAGCUUUAUUCACCUGGAGUCUAUAAAGUGGAGCUUUCAUGUAUGCCCAGCUGACAACAGGGACUGCUCGACUGGACAAAACUUGAGAAACAGACCUCUUGGUGCCUUAGGUUUAACUUCAUUGCAUAUCAGCUGAGAAUCUUAAGGAGUUUGCACUGCAGGAGAACUUUUAAGCUCCUUCUUGAGUGCUCCUUUUCAAUUUCAGGCCUAGUUUUAUUUUUUACGUAGUGUUCAGGAGGGCACUUGAACACGAUCCUACAGUACUGUACUGGAAACGGAAACCAGUGGUCUUAUUCUGCCAAAAGGAGAACUUCCUCUCGCUUUACCUUUUUGAAUAAUUUUGAAGACGAUUCCAAAGAGAAUUUACUGGAACUACAUUUUCUGCAUAGGUUUUUGAAGUGCUUCAAACACAUUUUUUUCUUUUCUUUCUAUUUUUUAUUCCAUAAAAUUAAUGUACCGCUUGAUUGUAAAAAACAAACAACCUCAAAAGCGGUUUAUGAAAGUGGUUUAUACAUGAGUUGUGUGAUUUUGUGCGUGCAAGAUUUUCCCCCUUUGUAAACAAAGUAUAGACUGUCAGUGCUGUAAAUAUUCUAAGGCAGGUGUGGGAAACCUGUGGCCUCCCAGAUGUUGUUGGACUACAAAUUCCAUCACCUCCGACCAUUGCUGCAUUGGCUGGGGCUGAUAGGAGUCUUAACAACAGUGGCAUCACUACAGGCUCCCAACUCUUGUUUCUAGAGUGCAAAGAGCUUAUAAUUUUGUUGAGUUUGCUGUUUUAUAGAAAUGAAAAUAAAACGAGUAGGAUUGAA